CGGAAGUAAGGCGCAUCUGAAUUUCUGAAAUCUGAAGAAUGAACUGGUCGUGAGUCUCACAGUUAUCGGAUCCUGCCAGAAAUACUUUUUUUCCAACAGCAGAAUUAAGUAUACUGUGUAUUUAUAGUUUGCGGAAGCACAAAAAAAAUUUGGUUUAAGGGAGGCGUUCGUGAUUUCUGGAAAGAUGUUGGAUUGUGUUACUUUCCAGGCGCAGUUGUCCUCAAUCAUGGGGAUGUUCACAGAAGCGGCGGUGGUGGAGAUCGUAAAAGUUGUGCAGGAGAGCUCUUCGGCGUUUCGCUUACGGAUGUGUCGGAGUCAGGAGGAGAUCGAGGAGCUGAAGACGAAGCUUCUUCUUGUCGAGACCGAACUGAAAAGCACCCGGCAGUGCGCAGUGGAAGCGGCAUGCAGACCUCCCAGCCGGUGCUCUGUUGGGGUACAGACCGGCGAUCAAGUCGGGGCUGUGCAGAAAGAGGAGAAACAUUGUCCCUUGACAGAGGGUAUCUUGGGGAAGAACUACUUCCUGGGCUUAUGCAAUGCUGGAGCGCUGUGUGCUAUGGAGGACGAGGGAGGGGCCAGCUCCCCUGGAAGAAUGAGGGACAAGUCUGCAAAAGUCAAUGAGCCAAUUAAAGAAGAAGUGGACAGUAAUCUCCCACCGGAAGCAUUUGAGGGCAUUCAGGAGUUAAAAAUACACGGAUCUAUUGCCGAGGACCAAAGUUCAGCUGAGCUGCAGCCCUCUGUGGAAUCCGACAAUCAGCCCAGACUUUCCGAAGAUCCAGAGAAGCCUGAUGUUUAUCUCAGACUGAAAGAGUAUGAAAAGGACAAAGAAUCUGUAUAUACAAGCGGGCAUUUUGCCUUCAGCAAGACCUUUGCGAGUCCAUACAUCAACGAGGCCACUAGCAGUGAAGGUCGCAUGGCAACACAAGUUAUUUGCACACCUUGUGAGGGGAAUUUUGAGAAUUUUGAUCAGUUAGAAACAUACCUGCCAGAUCAUUCAGAUGACAGACCGUUCAUUGGGACAGGCUAUAGAAAGGGUUUAAUCGUAGGACGACAGUUUGAAGGCCACCAGGUUGAUCAUAUGGGAGAGAAGAUGUACAGCUGUGAGGUGUGUGGGAGGAAUUUUGAGCAGGAACAUGAUCUGAGCGUUCACAAAUGCAUUCACACAAAAACAAAGCCGUACGAGUGUGACGAAUGUGGGAAGCACUUUGCUCAGAAACAGAAUGUUUUAAGGCACAAAGAAAUCCAUAAUGACAGUGAAACAGCUGGGGUGCCUUAUUUUACUUGUGCUCAGUGUGGGAAGAACUUCACCUCCAAGCGAUACCUUAAAGCCCACCAGUUUCUUCACACAGGAGAAAAGCCAUUCAUCUGCACAGUGUGUGGUAAGACCUUCUCUCACAAAUGUAAUCUUUAUUCACACCUUCGCACUCACACCGGAGAGAAACCCUUCUGCUGCAGUGAGUGUGGGAAAUGUUUCGCUCAGCUGGGUCAUCUAAAGAGACACAUGUCUGUCCACAACACGAAGAGAACAUGCCUGACAGGUUAGACUCACAGUUUUUUUUGUUACCCAUUUACAGUUAGGGAAAUAAUUAUUUGACCCUCUGUUGAAUUCCUAACCAAAAAAAAAUGAGAAGUCUAUAAUUUCACAGGUAGGUUUAACAUCAGAAGAUAGAUUUUCAACAAAACAAACAAGAAAAAAUCAUUAUGUAACAAGUAAAAAUCAAUUUGUCAUCUAUCUAGGGAUGUACUUAUUUGGUCCCCUACAAGCCAGUUAUGACCUUCUCACGAAGCUUCUUGUUCCAAGGUUAACAGUCUUGUCUCUGAUGUCCUUAGACAGCUCUUUGGUAAUUCCCAUGGUGAUAAGGUUGAAGAUGUAGACAGGUUAGUGACCCAAGAAUACUGUUUAACAAAGUAAUGCCAUUAAAUGUGAAAGCUUUCUUGGUAUUUGUUAAUAAUUAAAUCAGUACUAUUUGUGCUGUGUUAGUGCACAUGUACUUGACCUUAUUUCUUGCUGGCUUGUAUGGGAAUUAUUUCCCUAGAUAGAUGACAAAUUGGUUUGUAACUGUUACAUAAUGUUUUUUUUCUUGCUUGUUUUGUUGAUUAUCUAUCGUUUGCUGUUAAAAUAAACCUACCAGUGAAAUUAUAGACUUCUCAUUUCUUUAUCAUUGGGUCAGCUGAGGAAUUCAGCAGGGGGUCAAAAAAUUAUUUCCCUCACCGUACUAUAGGCACAUUAUUGUACAUUUUUGCGCGAAUGAACGGGACACAAGGAGCCAUGUCUAGAGUGGGAUUUACACAAGAUGGGCAAAUGAUGCUUUAACCAUUUUUCAAAGACAAGCUUGCUAACAAAUGACUGAUACAGUAAGUCUAUAGAUACAAGAAAAUAGAGUAGUCUGCAGGUUCAGAUAGCGCAUUUUACAGUGUUAAAGCUGAUACAGACCAGCCUUUUCCAUGAUUCCUUCCACUGUUAUCCUUGUACGUUUCACAGGCAGUGUGUGCUACUCUUACAGUGCUGAAACAAUAAAUUUGCAAGGAUUGCCUGUUUGAGUGUGAAGCUGUGUGUGGGGGGGUGGUGGUACAGUAUGGUUGUUUAUGGUUCUUACUGAAUAAUACUUAUAAAUAAGCCAUACAGAGGACAAAGUGAUGAGCCCUGCACACAGGUCCUGCUGCGAGACAAGCUACAAACAAUACUGGUGACCCGAAAGCCAAAAUAAAUGUAUGAAGUUUCA